AUGGACUACGUUACCCGAGGGGUCUGCGGUCAAGAAGGUUGCCGUGAGACCCGAUACUAUCUCGAUAAUGGAUUUUGGUUUUGUCGACGCGGUCAUUUGCAGGCGGGUGUCCAAGUUGCAGAGGAUGCCGACGAUUUCGGAAAUUUGGGCAAAACACAUCGCCUGAAGAAAGAAAUUAAGGAGAAGGCCAGCAAGACACUUCGUGGCCGUCCGGCCUACACGCUUUUCUUGCAAAUACACCAGCUUAUCCUUUGGAAGCAAUGUCAUACCUUGGUUCAUGACCACGGUUUCCCAGAAGAACUUGAGAUUGUUGUUCGCGAUCUCUGGGCUCUUCGCCUGCAAGAUUUUGAAAUGAAAAUCACUGAUCCUACUGAAGAUGAUGAUACCGAACCCGAGCUGUUCAGCUCACAACCCGCAGAAAAAGAUGAAUCUCGUGAAGUAGGAUUUAAAUCAAACUCGAAGUUUCUCGAAUGGCCUCGCCUGAUUGAUACCGUUGCGCUGUGCUAUCUCGCAGCAUUUUUGAUGCGGCUUCCUGUCUGUGUCAAUGACUUUCACGAAAUGAUAGUUCGGCAGGAAAUCCCUUAUUCCCGAGUCCUAGCAACCGUCCCUCGGGAAAUGAGGGAUAGACUUCCGCCAGAACUGACGGGGAUCCUUGAGGUCAAUAGAAUACCUAAUGCCCAGCGGUUCCACCAUGCCGUCCUAGAAAUAGUACAGUUCUAUCAGCGCCGAUUUGAAUUGGACCUUCCUCCAUUGAAUUUGCCCAUGAUUCUUUUCCGGCUCAUCAAGAGAUUGGCUUUACCAAUCGAGAUAUAUGAUGCAACUAUGGUCUUGCAAGAUCUACUAGGCUUAACAUUCAUGUGGCCGGCAGCACGUUCAUACAAUCGCCGAAAAACAGCACGCCUUCUUCCCGAUGUGCAAUUGAUAUCUCUGAUCAUCAUUUCUACGAAAUUACUUUUCCCAAUCGAUGAUUUGAAAAGGUAUCCCUCCACAGAUACAGAGCCCGCUACGCAGGUCAUGGACUGGGCUCUCUGGGCACGCACCCAGAACCAUUUCGAUGAUGAUCGGGUAUUUGGGGGGAAGAUUGGAAAAAAGACUGCUAUCCAGAUCACAGAUCAAGACGUGUUGAACAUGACGUCUGCCCAAUUAGACGACUACAUGGACUGGUAUGAAAGCAGUUGGUUGGAUACUUCCAAGGAACCCACUCGCAUCGCCGAAAUGUUUCCUAUCAACCGAGCAGAACAAAAUAUCCAACCAUCCUCUACUUCCGCCUCUCACUCUGCCUCUGCCUCUGCCUCUGCCUCUGCCUCUGCCUCUGCUCGUGCUCCUGCUCCUGCUCCUGCUCCUACUCCUGAUAUUGAUGCAGAUACUGCUUCUGCUCCUCCUGAUGAGACUCGAGAAAAGCUCGAGCUUUUGCUACGACCAGUCAUGCAAGCCCUUAGAGCCAGAAGGGUUAUCCCUGACAAUGAAGAUAAUGAUCCCAAGCGUCCCGGCGAGUGGUAUCAACGGUAUCGAUGGGAAUCACAUCUCACUGGCCCCGCACGGACCUUAUAUGAGGUAGCAGCUCAGCUCGCUGCAGUCCCAUUGAAAACUCUUGUCCGUGCUGUCACAGUUGUUGAGUUUAAGAUCACACAGCAAGACGAAGAGCGACAGAACAGAGAGUACUUCGCUAGUCUGGGAGCAGAAGGAAUGUACACUGACGAAAGCGAUGUUGAUCACGCGUAUGGAAUGGAUGAUUUUCAAGAGGACAUGUACGGCGCGGAGUCUGAAGAUAUGGAUGGUGAUGAUUUCACCUCCAAUUCAAAGAUAUGGUCGACCAUCUAG